AUGACAAAUGAUUCUUCAAACCUAACUACAGCUGAUGAAGCCAUAACAUUUCUGGUGAACCAAGGUAUUUAUGACUUCUGUGAAUUUCAACACUACACACGAUGUCGACGUCACUAUCCGUAAUCCUCGUCUUUGGCCUCUUAUUGAGAACAACAUCAUAUCUGAUUUUUAAACUUUUGCUAAUAUAGAUCUAGCGGCUCCCAAAGUUCGAAUAAAGGUCGAGACUGCUCUUGCUGUUGAGAAGAUCGAAAGUGUAGCUUUCAGUGAUGGACUUCAACCCGAACAACUGCUGAAUUUGGUCAAGCUAGGAACGAGUGGAAAAUAUGGUGAGUCAAAAUGUCAGAUGACCUCAGAUGUCGGUCGAGAUGUUACACUAAUGUUACUAAUUACUCAUGUUACUUUCAAUUUCAAUUCACUUUUGUUACUCCUCUGUAGUAACUUAUUAAAAUGACCCCCCCCCUGCUCCCUUAUGUGAAAAUGACCCCCCAAAACCAAUCAAGAUUUUGAAAAUGACCCCCAGCAAAAUGGCCAGCCCCUCAUCACAGGUAAUAUACGACCAACCCCUAAGAGAAAUCGAUAACUCUCCCGUACUAUCUACUGAACUGUGCUUCUCUGGAAUAAUUUUUUAGGUGACAGUAUCUCCUCCCGGAUUAUCAAGUGCCUCAUUCCUCAGGGGGCAGUUCCUUCAUUAGCUGUUGUGAUAGCUGUGUCCAGGAUUUGCACCAACAAACUGUCCAUGAACGUCAAGGUAUAGUUUUGGUAGUUUGCCCGUAAGUUGACUCCAUAGGCACUGUUAUUGCAGCAAUCUAAUGUUUCUGUUACUCAUUUUUAUAUUUUGUUUUAGAGGAACUCCCUGAAAACCACUUUUAAAUAUGGAGGCCUCCUCUAAAAAUAUGUUUAUUUUUGUUAUUUGUAGUAGAAGUAGUAGUAGGCGGGUUAUGUUUCAUUCAAUUAAAGAUAGGUGUCAUGGUGACCGUGUGUGCCACAAAAAGUCUUAAAUCAGUUAAUCUUGACCCUAUUUAAAGUUAAAAAAAGUUUCAAUUAAACAUUGGUUAUCUUUUUGAAGUCCAAAACAAUAUCCAGUAACCCAAAAAAGGGGUGAACAGAGCAACACCUUUAUUCCUUUUCAGUUUUGUAAUAUGGUAUAUUCAUUUUGUUAACCUUUUUUAGGCUCUGUUGGUUCGGUGGAUAUUAAUCAUUUUCAAUCUUAUUGAUGACUUGAAAGAUGUUCAUUCCUUAUAUGGGAUCCUUUUCCUCUUCUUGGAAAGUGAUUUACUGGUGAGUUUAUUUCCAUUGCAGGGCCACUAGUUUAUCAGUUUUUCUUGUAACUCUUAAGUGUUCCCUUCUCAAAAUAAAGUCUCCAUGCAUUUUUAUUUUUCUCCCCCUAUUAUUUUUCUCACUGAUUAGUCAGUGUGACUUGAGGCAUGGUUCUGUUCGCGUGGCAACUCAUGGCCUGGAGGAGUCAACUUGCCAGCCAUGAGGGCAUAACUCUAUUCUGUGCCAAAAGAAAAAGCCCCAAGGCAUCCCAGACACUUAACCAGUGAUAAUAAUAAUUUUUUACCAGGAGACUCUCUCACCAGGGUGAUUUUUUGAGAGGUCCUGAAAAUAGAAAUGAUUAAAAGAUAAAAAGAAGACUUAGUGUAAAAUGAUAAAAAGCCACUCACAAAAAAUUUCCUGCUCUAAAAACCUUUCAAGAAACCUACUUGCGCGAAUCCAUAGAGUUAGUAUUUUGGUGACUGAAGAACAUAUUGAGAAAUUUGCAAAUUUUAGCAGUCUUACACUGAUUCUGUCCGAACCACCCCAAGUGAUGCAGAUGUUACAUACUGCUUCUUAUGCUUGUCAUUAUGUGUGCAUUGUAUAUAUAUUUAACAGUUAAUGAAUGAGGCUGAGUAUCUUAUGAAGAAUUAUGGAGAUCGAGGAGGGUGUUAUCCGUCGAGGCCGUAGGCCGAGGCGGAUAACACCCUCCGACGGAUAACACCCUCCUCGAUCUCCAUAAUUCUUCAUAUGAUACGAAAGCCGAAUUCAAUAACUGUUUUAUUAUUCAAUCAAAAUAAUUCCUAGUUUAAAAACAUAGCUAAAACGUGCUUACCUCCAUCGAUCCGUCGAUGUUCAGUUCAAUCCUUUUGUCUCGGAUCAUCUUGCUGUACACAGUUUGUUGGACCUUGCUAAAUUACCACUCGAGCGUAAACGAAUCUCAUAUCGCAAAAUUCGUGAUAUUGAUUUUAGCGAGUUUUGUGGUCAGUUGGAGAACACCAGGCUGGUAAGGGAUGCUGCUUCUUUUAGUCUCGGUGAACUUGUUUAUGAGUACAACACUACAUUAAAGUCGUUGUUAGACAGACACGCGCCUCUUAAGACUAAGACCAUUACUCUUCGCCCAACCGCCCUAUGGUACACUGAGGAAAUACGAUCUGAAAAGAAAAAACGCAGAGCUCUCGAGCGGCGCUGGCGUUCUUCAAAACGAGAAUCGGAUUAUUCUAGAUUUAAGGAACAAUGCCUUAGA